AUUUGUUUGACCUAACGAUGUCAAUGCCUUGGCUGUAGCUAGGUUGAAAAAUGUCGGUCCCUCGCUUUCGAAGAGUGAACUUUGGAGCCUAUGAUAAUUAUGUUCCAGUUGAGGAUGUUAGCAAAAAAUCCUGGAAUCAACAACACUUUUCUUUGAUGUUUUCUAAACCAAAUCGACCAGGGAAAAAAUGGAGAUCAACCCCUUCUGAGUUAAGAGAAAAUUCUGCUAUGGGGGAUGUAGUCAAAGAUGAUCAGAAAGCGACUCCUAUGUGGAUGACACGUUCUUUACUAAAAAUUUCUGAGAAACCUUCUGCUUAUUUAGCUGCCAGAAGAAGGCCCCCAUUUUUCACAGGCCCACAAAGAACAUCAGAAUCCACCGAACCUGGAGAGAAAAAUCAAACGUCCAAGAAAGAGAGAAAUCAAGCGGAGAAAACAACAAAGAAGAAGGCGACAGGUUUACCCAAAGGGUCCAAAACUAAACAACCAGAUACAGCCGACAUUUCAUCCAGAGAAUCUGACAGCGAGUCCAAAGGUUCAGGAGAGUCAAAACCAAAGGAGGGCAAGGAUUCACAUGAAGACAAGGAGCCAGAUGCUGAAAGCAAGGAUAGUGAUGUCAGUGAGAAAGACACAGAGAAAAAGAGAAAGCCAAAGGAGUCUGAUGCUGAAUCUACUGAUUCCAAACAUGAAAAGAAGAGCAAUAAGGAUUCAAGAAAAAAAUCUGGGGAUUUAGACAAGACUUUCAAGAGAAAGACCAAGAGCUCAGACUUUGAAUUUAAGGAUAGUCUGAAGAAAGACAAGGAUAUAAAGAAAAAAACCAAGGAUUUAGUCAUCGAAGCCACAGGUUUAAAGAAAUCAGACAAAGAUUUAAGGAAAAAAUGCAAGGAUUUCAGUAUUGACUACAAGAAUGAAAAGAAAGACAAGACCAUAAAGAAGAAAUUCAAGGAUUCUGUUGUCGAAUUCAAGGACACAAAGAAGAAAGAUGAAAGUUCAAAGAAGAAAUCCAAGGACUUGAACAAUAAGUCCCAGAAUCUAAAAACAGAAGACAAGAAACCUAAUGAAGGGGAUGUCGAGUCUGAGUAUUCAUAUGAUUCCAAGAUGAAAUCCCAAAAGGCAAAUGUACCCAAAGAUUCAAAGAAGUCCAAGGAUGGGAAGAUAACUUUCAAAGGAUCCGACACCGAACCCACCAAGAGAGAAUCAGAAUUGGAUUUGGAAACAUCUAAAAUUUCAUGUGGCGCGGCCUCCGCAAGGUCCCCUAUGGCUCCACAGGCGCUGCCUCAGCUUAUAAAGUCUGAGAUAAGAAAGGCCCCCCUGCCGGAAGCCCAAUGGAUCCAAAAACUGAUCUGAAGAACUGUGAGUUUGGUCCUACUGGAUAGCUUUAGCCCAGAUAGGACAACCAGUAGGUAGCUACUUUCAAAAAAUGUUUCUAAUUGUAAUAAAGAAAACCUUUUGUCCUCA